AUGCACAAGUCUCAUAUCGAGCCAUCAGCUGCCACGGUCCAUGCAUCGGUCGCGCGUCCCGAUCGAUCUGAGGUUCCAACUCGCGCCAGAACCCUCGAUCAAACCAGAAACACGUUCACAUGUUACAGAUGUGAUUUGCCGACUUCCCUUACUUACAUUAUUCAAUCGACAAGAGGCAAUGCACCUUGGAGACCUGCUGUGGAUAUGAGUACGACCGAGCAUGAGAAUUUUUGCCUUCCUCAAAUUUUUAUGAACCGACGACAGCGUUCCGUACGCCUCGGCAGACGUGACGCUUUGCGGGAACAACGACCCUAUCUCCGAAUGAACCAAAAGAAAACUCUUCCCGGAACUAUCGCCGGCCAUUCAUUGAGUGCGCUUGCGUCACCGCACUUUGUCUCGCCGCUAACGACUGGCGAUUCUCCAUGUCUCGGUUCCGGAAUAUUAACCGGAUUCCCUUUCGAUCAGUGGUGGCAUAUUCAUAUAGUCAACGCUUCGCACCCACGUUCCGUGCUAGUACCCUUAUUGCACUCUCCGUCGUCUUCUACUCAGGCCAUUCACCACUCACUCGCAUGUCAAAUUCCGUUUGAUAAUUUCCAUUAAGU